AUGGCCACGACAGAGACAAGCCCAGCACCAGAUGGUGCAUUAGAGGCCACGAACAACAUGGGGAAAAGAGUACUGAAGAAGAUUGACAGAAGGCUCAUACCCCUGCUCUUCACCACCUAUAUGUUCAAUUUCAUGGACAAGACCAUCUUGUCCAGCGCCUCUGUCUUUGGACUACGCGAUGACACAGGCUUGGUGGGCCAGCAGUAUAGCUGGGUCUCUUCAGUUUUCUACUUUGGAUACUUGGGAUGGGUUUACCCAACAACAUUACUGAUUGCGCGUCUGCCUGCCGCCAAGUAUAUGACAGCUAACACGCUCUUCUGGGGUGCUGUGGUAGCACUUACGGCGGCCUGUACCAAUUUCGGUGGACUGGUGACUGUUCGCUUCUUGCUUGGAAUGGCCGAGGCAACUGUUACGCCGGCAUUUAUGUUUAUCACUUCAACUUGGUAUACGCGCGAUGAAAUCCCCACCAGGACGGGGCUGUGGUUUGCUGGAAAUAGCGUUGGAGGCAUUGUUUCAAGUCUAUUAGCCUAUGGUCUUGGUCAUAUCACCGACCACGUUGGGCCGUGGAGAUGGAUGUUCAUUGUCCUAGGUGUCGCAACCUUCCUCUGGGGCUUCGCCAUUUGGACACUGCUUCCCGACUCAAUUUCCAAGGCCAAAUUUCUCACUGAAGAGGAGCGCCAAUUUGCAAUCAACAGGGCAGUCCUUGCUGGAACAGGCUCAACGGAGAAGACAGCUUGGAAGUGGGACCAGGUCAUUGAAUGCCUGAUAGAUCCAAAGACCUGGUUAAUAUUCGGUUUGGGAAUAUGCACCCAAAUCCCCAACGGCGGAACACAGAACUUCGCCAAUCUAGUCAUCGUCUCCUUCGGUUUCACAAAUCUCCAAUCAACCCUCCUCACCAUCCCUUACUCCCUCAUCACCGUGGCCACAAUCACAGGAACAGGCUGGCUAGCCGGCCGCUUCCGCCAACUAAACUGCCUCCUAAUUGUAGCAGUGGUGAUCCCUUGCGUCAUCGGCAGUGCAAUAAUUUACUCCCGUGCGCACAUCGUUCUGGGCGUGCAGCUGUUUGGAUAUUUCCUUUUGUCGACGGGACCUGCAGCAAUGCCUUUAGCAAUGUCUCUGGUGCAGGCGGAUUACCGGGGAGUCACUAAGAAAAUGACAGUCACCGCAAUCUUGUUCCUUGCGUACUGUGCAGGCAACAUCUCCGGCCCUCAGUUUUUUCUGAGCGAGGAGGCUCCGCAUUACAAUACUGCGUUUCGUACUAUUAUGAUCUGCUAUGCAUUGUCGGUUGCACUGGCCCUGACAUUGCGCUUUUACCUGCAGUGGACGAACUCUCGUCGUGUGAGACUGGAAGGCUUUGAGGGCAGUGCUGGGAAUGCAGGUGCUGUUGGGAAGAUCUCUGAUCCCAAUGAUUCGCGAGAUGUGGAUAUGAAUCCAGUGCAGUUGGUUUCUAGUGACUAUGAGGAUAUCACGGAUUGGAAGACGCCGGGGUUCAGGUAUCGGUACUAA